AUGGCACCCAGGCUGACCAUUUGGAUCAGCGGUAGCGCCAGCAAACUGGAGGCAGCUAUGGACUAUGAAUUUAUCUUGGUUGAGAAGGAAGAUGGUGUUGCUUUUUUGACCUUGAACCGGCCAGAGAAGCUGAACGCAAUGAAUCGGCAAUUGAACCGUGAGUUGCAGGACGCGGUUAAAGCUAUGAACGCCGACGAUGAUGUCGGUUGCAUUGUACUCACUGGGUCAGGCGAACGGGCCUUUUCCGCCGGUGGAGAUAUUCACGAACAGAGAGAACGAGACCGGGAGGGCGACCAGGGUACGCGCGAGCAGCAGGACCAAAACCGUUCCAGGGGCACCUACGAUAUCAGCUCAUCCCUUAAGCCGGUCAUUGGCAUGAUUAACGGCCUGGCUUACGGCGGGGCAGCGGUCCUUUCCUCUUCCCUGGACAUACGAAUUGGCUGCGGGAGGUCCAGCUUCCGCUUUCUCGCUGCCGCCUACGGCCGAAUAAAUUCUACCUGGACGCUGCCCAACCAGGUGGGCUGGCCCAUAGCCAAAGAGUUGCUGUUUACGGGGAGGGUCGUGGAAGCGGAGGAAGCCUAUCGCAUAGGCCUUCUGAACCACCUCGUGCCGGCAGACCAGAUGAGGGCCAAGACCAUGGAAAUAGGGACGGCUAUCGCCAACAACCGGCGCGAAUCAGUGAUGGGCAUAAAGGAACUGUUGCUCCAGCACAUGGGUUGCAACCUGGAACAGCAGUGGGCCAACGAGCGGGACUUCACCACCAACCGGGUGCGGGGCUACAACGCCGAGCAGGCAUUCCCGGAGUUCAUAGCGAGGAAAGGAAUAUAG